GUAAAUGAAACACUCGUUCAAAAAGUAAAAGUGCUACCUACGUUUAUACCGAUCUCCCGCUUGUAUUUAGUAAAGGCAGAGCUGACAGCAGUUCUAACGAUCAUGGCGCGGUUCAUGUUAAAGCGACAUGAGUUUGGCGUCACACUUUGCCAACCUAUAAAAACUAUUGAUGCGAUGGUUUUGCUUGGCAUUGAAAGCUCUUGACCAGAAGCGAAAACAACAUACAACGGACAUAGCGCAGAGACACAUUUUACAGACGUACGUUAAUACAUACAUACAUACACAAAAAAGGACACAAUGAUCUUCUAUGCUACCGCUUUUCUUUUCAUUGCUACCUGUAUGGAUACCCAAGCGGUGCUUCAUGGCAUAGAACCCGCAAGGACCAAUUCACAAGAUCACCAACACCUAUUCUACGAAAAGUUGCUACAGCACAACAACAGGCAUGGCUACCGCUACAAUGGACCCGCGCACAAGUAUUUGCCGGCUGAAGGGGCACCCAGUACCGAUGCCGUUACCACAACUGGACAUUGGCAAUAUAAUCCAGAAGCUCAUCAUGAAGGACAGGAACCGCAGUUUGCGUACGACGAGCGCAGAUAUAGCAGCAAGCCUAGCCUAUUAAGUGGGCAGUAUGAAGAGAACUUCGAUCAAAAACAUAAACAACAUGGCUAUGUUGGACCCUAUAGCCAGCAAUAUUAUGCACAUCGCGCUGAGGACCAGAUGCACAGUCAUCAAGAGGCUACGGAAUUUUACUACAAAGAAUCGCCAUACUCCAAUGUCAACCAUUACCAACAGCAACAAUCGCAUCAACCCACAGCCAAUCAGGAUGCCCUACAUAUUGUUCCUGGUAAAAAUAUUGAGGGUCACGGCACUACAAAUACUGCUUCGUUUGCGAAUAAUGUUCAAUAUGUUCCUGAUAUUCCUCUUCCUACUAAUUCGCACGGCCAAAUGCAAAUUGGUCAAUGGAAUAAGCAGUUGAUGAGUCAAUCUGAGCCAUACGAACAGACACAGUAUUUUCAGCGCGUUCCGCAGCACCAAAAACACCAACAACAAGGAGGCAGUACCACGAGUUUUGUGCAAAUGCAAUCUCAUUCAUUUGAAUUGCCUACAUCCUUUAGUACUCAACAUGAUAUAAUCCCUCCGCCUGUCUAUCGCCCUAGCCAAGCCCUUAAAUAUCCGACGACGCUACAACCUGAGCAUCAGCAAUCGUUCGAAUAUGAUAGUAAAAAAAGUCAGAGCCAGCAAAAGAAAUUUAAUCGAGAAGAAGAACUGUCACAGCAUCAUCGACAAAAUUAUGGGAGCCAAUCAUUUUAUGCAUUCGGUUCAACUCCCACCAUUUCACCGGUGACAUUUGUAUCCACACCAGUCACACCACACCAUCAGUUGUCACUAUCGUCCUACAGCGUCCAACAGACGACCCAGCCAAACUCAGCACGUCCAAAUCGUGAAUUUCAGCAUUCUUACUAUUAAGGGACCAUCAAAAGGGGAGAAUAGAUGCAAUCCACAGGCUUUAUCAUUACUUUUUUUGCUAGCUUGUUAAAAAAUCGGGCUGUUGCUGCUCUAUAUAGCCGACUUAUGCGUUAUAUAGAUGUCACGUGGUUGCUCUGCGCUUAUUCUGAGCGUAUGCUUGAAUUACUUCUAAAUGCGUUAGAUACAUAUAGUAUAUUUUAUACACCAGCAUUUUGUAAGGAAACGCAUUUCGUAUAUUCAAAACAUAUUUAAAAGUAAUAUUUUAUGUAGAAACCAAGUAAAAUAAAUCAUGUAUUAUGUAUAUACAAGUA